CCGCUCUUCUUACUUCCUGUUUUGUCCGGACUCUUUGGUCUUCUCGCUCCCCUCCGGUGUCUCCGGUGUCUGCGGUGUGUCCGGUGUCCCCUCUCGGUGUCCCCUGCCCGGUGUCCUCUCUCGGCGUCUCCCCUCUCGGUGUGACCGGUCUCCGGUCAGACACCGGGACCAGCGGCCGGUGACCGGGACAAGGAGCACGGAUCCGGAUCCUGAUGGAUUUUACAUGACGCUGUUGUCGGGUUAGACUCUAAAAAUGAUCCAGCUGCUGGUUAAUGUUGCUGGGAACCGGUUAGUUCAGCUGGCAACUAGUUAAAGCUUCGGUUAGUUUGAUUAGUAACUAGUUAAAGCUUCGGUUAGUUUGAUUAGUAACUAGUUAAAGCUACUCUCAGGGGAACUUUGCUUCUUUUUCUUAAAGUGCCUGUUUUUUAAAUGGACUCUGGUGCACUGGUGUUUAGCUUAGUAUGCUAAUUAGAGAGCAGCUAGCCUCGACUGAAACUCUCUUUAAAUGUAGUUUAAACUGUUUAACUUCACUUAUUAAAGUUUAGUUUGGAAGUUUAGACUCUGAUCCUAAUUUACAGCGUUAGUUUUAAAGUGUUUGACUUCAGACGGACUUUAUUUUAACUGUUUUCUUAGUGGAGUCUGGCCCGGGUUAAAAUGGAAAAGAGGAAAUACUCUGAAUUAGACGUUUGCUUAAUGAGGUUUUGGAUGGAGUUAAUGGCGCUUUCCUUCAGUCAGUCCGUGUCUGGUUGAACCAGUUAAAUAUUCUCAUGUUAAACUGGUUCUGUUACGUUCUUUGCUGGUUUGACUGGGAACGGAACAGUUCGGUUCGACCCAGUCCUCGACCCCGUCCUCGACCCCGGUGCCUUCACCGGCAUCAGCCGCUGCGUUAAAUUAGACUUUUCUUCAACGGGGCUUUGAAUGGAGCCAGCCCUGGUACAUCUGGUUUGGUUAAACCGGUUUAAAACGAUGCUUUAAAGAGUUAAUCUGGUUCCACUUAAUCCAGGUUCUGCUCUGGUUUCCAAGUGUCCUUAUUUAUUUGUGGUUUAUGUAAAGUCUUUGUUGGAUCCUGGUCCUGUUCCCGUUCCUGGUCCUGGUCCUGAUCCUGGUGUUUGUCUUCCUGCCGGUUCUGAUGCCGUCGGUCCUGGUCUGAGUGGUGCAGUCAUGGCCGACCUCCACCAGACCCCCACCUCCCUGUGCUGCUGUAGGAAGUCCCUCCCGGUCUCGGGGGGGCUCUGUGCGGGGGAACCGGGCCGGCCCUCUGCAGGUCCUGGUCCCGGUCCCAGGUCCCCGCGCCGCCCCCGUGUGGACGUGGCCUCGGCCUCUAACUUCAGGAGCUUCACGCUGCACCACUUCCACCUGGACCUGAGGCUCAACUUUGCCGUGAAGGAGAUGAGGGGCUGGUUGGUUCUGGACCUGGUCCCGGUCCAGCCGGGGGUCUGCACCCUGGUCCUGGACUCGCACCCCUCUCUGCUGAUCCACUCCAUCGACUGUAAGAUCCCUGGUUCUGGAGACCGGGGGCCGGAGGACCCGGUCUCCCUGACGUACCGGGUCGACCCCUUCACAGACUACGGCUCCUCCCUCAACAUCAGCCUCCCGACCGGAACCAGACCGGGUCAGAGGAUCCAGAUCACGGUCCGCUACACCACCACCGACGGCCCGGCGAUCUGGUGGCUGGACCCAGAGUUGACCUGUGGACGGUCCCGUCCUCUGGUCUUCACCCAGGGACACUCCGUCUACAACCGCUCCUUCUUCCCCUGCUUCGACACGCCGGCCGUCAAAACCACCUACAGCGCCACAGUCCGGGUCCCAGAAGGAGUCACCGUGCUGAUGAGUGCGUCUCGUAGUUCCUACUCUAAGCAGGACCGAGUCUUCCAGUUCUCCAUGGAGUUCCCGGUCCCGUCCUACCUGGUGGCGCUGGUGGCUGGAGAGCUGCAUCACGCCGACAUGGGCCCCAGGAGUCGUGUGUGGGCGGAGCCUUGUCUGUUGUCGUGUGCAGUAAAGAAGCUAGGGGGCAGCGUGGAGCGCUGGCUGGGCGUGGCCGAGGACCUGUUUGGACCUUACCUGUGGGGCAGGUGCGACAUCGUCUUCCUCCCGCCCUCCUUCCCCAUCGUUGCCAUGGAGAACCCCUGCCUCACCUUCAUCAUCGCCUCCAUCUUGGAGAGCAGCGAGUUCCUGCUCAUCGACGUCAUCCAUGAAAUCGCCCACGGUUGGUUCGGAAACGCCGUCACCAACGCCACCUGGGAGGAGAUGUGGCUGAGCGAGGGGCUGGCGACCUACGCCCAGCGCAGGAUCACCACCGAGGCCUACGGUGAGGCGUUCACGUGUCUGGAAACUGUCGUUCGAUUGGACGCUCUCCACAGACAACUGCGUCUCCUUGGAGACGACAACCCUGUUAGUAAACUACAGGUCAAGUUUGAACCAGGUGUGAACCCCAGCUCUCUGAUGAACCUGUUCACGUAUGAGAAAGGUUUCUGCUUCGUGUCCUACUUGUCCCAGCUGAGCGGAGACGUGAGACGCUUCGACUGCUUCCUCAGGGACUACAUCUCAGAGUUCCAGUUCCAGAGCGUCGUAGCUCAGGAUCUCAUCGACUUCUUCCUCUCAUAUUUUCCGGAGCUGAAGGACGAAGCUGUGUCUCAGAGAGAAGGUCUGGAGUUUGAGCGCUGGCUGAGUGGGUGUGGCCCGCCCCCCUAUGAGCCGGACCUGUCAGCAGGGGGCGCUCUGAUUGGACCGGUCCAGGACCUGUGUGACCUGUGGAGGGGCCCCGCCCCCCCCGACCCCCUGAGCCUGGCGCCCUUUGACCUGUCCUCCUGGAGCACCUUCCAGAUUGUCCUGUUUCUGGACCGGAUGCUGGACCGGUCCCCUCUGCACCACGAGGUGAUGUCUCGUCUGUCCUCCUGCUACUCGUCCCUGUUGGACGGUCUGAACGCUGAGGUCCAGAUCCGGUGGCUCCAGAUGGUGGUGAGGAACUCGUUCUACCCGGAUCUGCCCCGGGUCCGAGUCUUCCUGCACAAACACACGUCCCGGAUGUACACGGUUCCUCUCUACGAGGACCUGGUUGCCGGGGUGAUGAAGUGCGUUGCCGUGGAGAUCUUCUACCAGACUCAGCUCCGCCUCCAUCCCAACCUGAGACGGACUUUACAGCACAUCCUGUUCCAGACCGGCCCGGCCCCGCCCCCUUCCAGCCCCCCCUCCACCCCCCCACUGCAGCCGCUGCCCGCCGCCACGGCAACUUCCCCCACCACGGCAACCGCCUCCACCACGGCAACCGCCUCCAGCACUGGGACGCCUGCCUCCAUCGCUCUGCUGGACGUCAACGUGUCGGCCUGACGUCCGCUGAUCAACCCGUGGCCCCCCCGGCCUCUGGCCCCCGGACUCUAGACGGGACCCCCGUGGCCCCCAGACUCUAGACGGGACCCCCGUGGCCCCCCCGGCCCCCGUGGCCCCCGGCCCCCGGCCCCCAGACUCUAGACCGGACCCCCGUGGACCCCCCGGCUGCCCCAGACUCUAGACGGGACCCCCGUGGCCCCCCCCGGCCCCUGGUCCCCAGAUGGGACCCCCGUGGCCCCCCCCGGCCUCCGGCCCCCAGACGGGACCCCCGUGGCCCCCAGACUCUAGACGGGACCCCCGUGGCCCCCCCGGCCCCUGUGGCCCCCGGCCCCCAGACUCUAGACCGGACCCCCGUGGACCCCCCGGCUGCCCCAGACUCUAGACGGGACCCCCGUGGCCCCCCCCGGCCUCCGGCCCCCAGACGGGACCCCCGUGGCCCCCAGACUCUAGACGGGACCCCCGUGGCCCCCCCCGGCCCCCCCGGCCUCCUUGGUGCAAUAGAACUCUUAAUUUGAAGAGUAGUCGGUUCGACUUCCUCUGAGCCUUAACUUAUUGAAGGGGGCGUGGCCUGUCCUGGUGCCUUGCUGUGAUUGGUUGUUACUACCUCCAGAGCCUUAACGCUGCGUUCACUGUCCCUGGGACCGUUUGGUUCUGGUGCUCAAACGUCCCACUGCUGCCAGCGGCCAUGAACGCCUCCUCAGACAAAACAAUAAAAACCUGAAACACUGAA